AUGGACUCUCUUAUUUGUCCGAUAACUAAACAAUUAUUUUCAGUUCCAGUUAUUGCUGAUGAUGGUUACACAUACGAAGAAUCAGCAAUUGUUUCGUGGAUUCAAGAAAACCAUACAAGUCCCAUGACCUGCCAAGCGUUAAGCCUCAGAAACCUGCGUCCCAAUCGCACUAUCAAAAAUUUAGUCGAAGAGUUCGAAAAUUCAUUAAGUGCUGUUAAUUAUCGAUUGAAAUUGAAUGUCGAUGUCAAAAAAGUUUCUGGAGCAAUGUUUCAGGUGAAUACUAAAGCUAUAUAUCGCGCUGAAUGGUUAACACGUCGGAAUGCUCCACCGACGAUAUUGUUAAAAUUAAGUGGUGUACAAGCAAAAAGAGAAGCAUCGUAUUGUGUACAAUUAAGUCGUCAUCCACAUAUUGUACGCACAUAUGGAGUGGUUGAACCAGCACCUCAAGAUUCGAUUAUGUUGCUUCAACAAUAUGCUCCUAAUGGAAAUCUUUCUGAUUUUCUCGAAGAUCAAUUAAGAGUUCCCGAUGAAGUUAUUCUUCUUGAAAUGUUCGCACAAAUUACAGAUGCAAUGACUUAUCUGGCAUAUAAUCAUAUCACACAUGGAGAUCUGGCAUGUCGAAAUAUAGUCAUAUUUCGUUUCAGUAAAUUUAAAUCUGAAGAUAAUCUUGUUAAAUUAACCGACUUUGGUCUUACUCAACAUUGUUCAACAUAUGUAUCGAUUAACAAUGAAUUAGCAAUAACUAAUUGCAUACCAAUACGUUAUGCAUCACCAGAAGUUAUUCAAAACAAAGAAUACUCUGAAAAAUCAGAUAUCUAUUCGAUGGGUGUAACUAUGUGGGAAGCGUUCUCAAAAGCAACAAUACCAUGGUCUCAUAUUGAGACUGACCAAGAAAUUCUCCAACGUAUAAUCUCAGGUGAAACAUUAUCUAAACCUCCUAUGUGUAGCGAUGAAACAUGGCCGAUCAUCUUGACUACUAUGAGUAUGAUUCCACUAGAACGACCGACAUUCUCACAGUUGAGACGUUCGUUAACAAAAUUACAAUAUCAAAUUGAAAAUAGAACACCGAGUCAUAAGGAAUUAAUGAUUAAACUUCAGCAAGUACUUCAAGUGGAUAUGCACGAAGUUGUAAUAGGUGUAGCUGUCGAAGACACUCUCGUGAAAUUAACUGGAUUACAUAUUUAUCAAGCAGAUGCCAUAUUUCGACGUGUGCCUGAUACGAACAUUACCUGUUUCCGUUUAAAAAUACCCAAUGAUAAUGAUUUGACAAUUUUUAUCAACUACUAUGAACAACGAUUCAAAAAUUUAAUACUACGACACAAAAGAGAUACGCCAGUAGAAUGGGUGAAGGUAUUCAUAAACACAAAUAUGUUGUACGCUCAUAUGGUAGCUAUCUUAUCUAGAGAAUAA